AUGAGGCAGGGGGCAGCUGCAGCUAAUGAAAGAGUGAAAGACAUUGAUGCUUUCCAGAAAGCAAGGACUGUGAAAGUAAACCCUGACAAAGCCCAAGAACAUGCUAGAUUUCUCACACUUGAAUCACACAAAACUUUAUUAGUACCGACUCCAAGAUUGAGAAAUGGUUUAUUUAACAAGAUUGUACCCCCUAAAGGUGCAAAUAAAGACAUGAUUAGAACAUGUUCAACAUCACAGGGUGUGAAGAACUACAGUGUUCCUAUUGGGCUAGAUGACCACAUCACGGUUGACCUUGUCAUUAUUGGCUCAGUGGCUGUGUCCCCACAAGGUUAUCGCAUUGGCAAAGGUGAAGGAUAUGCCGACAUGGAGUUUGCUAUGAUGACAACAAUGGGAGCUGUCACUAAAGAUACCGUUGUCAUAACAACAGUACAUGACUGCCAAGUGAUGGAGAUACCGGCUGAGCUGUUUGGAACUCAUGACCUGAAAGUUGAUUACAUUUUGACCCCAACGAAAACCUUAAAAUGCCAUGGUGAUUUACCCAAACCUACUGGAAUAAAUUGGUCUAUAUUAACAAAACAAAAACUGACAGAAAUACCAAUCCUGAAAAACUUGAGAUACAGAGAGCAGAAAGCAGGAAAAGAUGUCUCUCUAAAGGAUGAAUUAGAAUGAAGAAUCUUAGUGUUUUUCUAUUCUGACAAUAAAGUGACUACUUGUGAGCAA